CGUUUAAAUGCAUACUGUGUACAUUCUGAAUGUAUAUCAUUGAAAAUUUAUAUUAAUCAAUAGACAUAAAAGUCACAAUUCACCAUGUAUUUCUAUAGUCAAUAUAAAAAGAAUAUUUAAAUGCCAGAAAUUGGUUUAAAGUCCAGUUUUCCUCCCAAUUCAAUGUCGAAAUUUGUGUGUGAACAAAGACUGAAACCAAGUCUGAGAGCUUGGACUGGGAAAAUGAUUAAGUUAUGGUUCAAGUUAUAAGUUAUAAAUGUAAACUGUAUUUCUCAGGAUCUAUAAAUUAUUGACGAUUAAAGAUGGUACCUACCCGAAAUGCUUACUUGGUUACGGAUUCAGUUCAUAUUUGUUUUGCUUCUGCCAGGUCUGGUAAAAGGUGAUGACGUCACAUGUUUCACUUACAACUACGAUGAAUAUCUACAAUGCUAUUGGAACUCUACUGAAGACGAGAGAUUAUCCAACGUCACCGUUACUUGGAGAUAUAUAUUUGGUCAUUUUGUGUCCAGUUGGUUUGAUUGUCCUAUCCUGACACAGAAUGGUUGUAAAUGGGAUAUGAUGCAUGACGAUUUGGAUCCGCAUUGCGUCAUUAAUGUUUGCGUCAGCUUGUUCAACACCUGCCAAGAAGUUCAUUGUCAGGAAACAGUCAAACCUUCCCCAGUGGAUGACGUUACUGUCACCAAUGUGACGGCCUCCUGUGCUGAGCUUCAUUGGUCUCAUGGUCAGGAAUACCUCAGGAUGUUUUACCCACAUCUAUACCACGUUGUAUUUACACCUCUCUCUGGUGUCAAUCAACAGGAAAGAUCUUGGACAAUCAACAAUACAAAACUGGAUGCUUGUGGAUUGGAUCCUUACACAAAAUACCUCAUAAAGAUAGCAGCUUUACCCCUGGAAGGGGGGAUGUGGAGUGAUAGUCGGUCUGUCAAAGUGACCACAGAAAAAACAGUACCUGGUCUUCCACCUAUUGUUACACCCAAUUCUUUCUCAGUUUUUCCACGUGGACAUGACAAAUAUAGAGAUAUAAUGAUUUUUUGGCAGGAUAUACAAAAACAAAGGAUUUAUGGAUCUCAUUUAAAAUACCUCGUUUCAAUUUGCCCUUUUGAGGAGUCUCAGAACUGCACCAUGGAGACAGAACGCAGCUAUGUCCGAUUUAAAGCUCCUGCGCAACAGGAAGUUACUGCAAGAAUCUGGCCACAAAAUGAAAUCGGAAUGUCACGAGAUUUUGCUGUAAUUAGGAUUCCAACAGAAGAUGAAUUAUUGCCACCUCCUGAAGUGGUGGUCAGCACCAAUGAAACAUCUACUAUACUGUACUGGAAAGCUACUCACUCUCAUAAAGAUAACAGAUUCACGGUCUACUGGUGUCAUGAUGACUAUAAGAAUCUACACUUUCUCCAAGGUAUUCAAAAUACUACAUUUACGAGAAACCACGACCGAUAUAGUUAUUUUAAUUAUGGUGUGUCAGUAGUCCAUAAUAAAACGACGAGUGGAAUCAAAUGGGCAACUUGUUUCAUCCGAAACAACAAAUUUUCAAGGCCGCCAGAAGUAAGCUUGGUACUACUGAAACAUACUCAUAUUAACAUAGUCUGGAGGAUGCCACACUGUAACAUGUACUUACUGUCGGAAUUAGUUGACAAGUUUGUCUUGACUAUUUGCAACGAUCCCAACUGCACAAGUAUGAAAAUGGUCAAGGUGGCAUCGGAUGUAACAUCAUAUAUGUAUACUAUAAAUCAGGAAAACAAUUUUUGUGCUAAAGUUGAAGUGAUAUUCGGAGGAAAUUCCCAAACAAGCGACAUCGAAUGUUUAAGACUGGAAAAUACAUUUCAUUUUUACUUAGCAGCAAUCCCCGUUGUUAUUGUUGUUGUUCUGUGUCUUUUAAUUCUAGCUGCCUUACUUGGAAAAACCAUCAAAAGCUGGAAUUCCAACAUCGAAAUUGAAGUCCCAGAGAUUGGUUGCGAUCAGAAACUCCUGAAUGGCGCUCCCCCCAUCUCCGACAGCAAAGACGUGAUGCUAGAUCAGACCCAGGCAGACAGUGUAAAUGUGAUUAAAGAAGUGUCAGAGGAUAGCGAAACAGAACAAACUGUGACUUCAGACGCAGAGAUGGUAAACGACUACUGUGAUAACUACACCAUUAUAAAGGACAUUGACUCAUACAUAUUGAAAGAACAUCAUAGCUGAGAGAGAGAGAGAGAGAGAGAGAGAGA